UGCAUUUACGGAUCCGAAGAUUUAAUGAAACUGACUAGUUGUGAGCGAUUUUGAGAUAGUGUUUUUCUGCAUCGUUAUCUACACACGACAAAAAAUGAAACAAAAUAACAUUUAUUAAAGUCUAAUUACGAACUACCGUCUCAUAUAGCUAUGAUGAGACCUAUCACGUUCUUGUUUUCUAACAUUUUAAAUUACUCCGUUAUUCUAGUUUUACAAGCAAUUUCUCCUCAAAAUAACGUCGAUGGACAAAUUUCAAUAAUUCAAGAUAAACAUGCCGCAUUCAUUCGGCAAAACUCCAUCAUUGAAAGGCAGAAAAAUCCACCUACUGUAAAUAUUGUAGUCCUAGCUCCAAAUAACGAUACCUUACCGUAUUCACUACAUAAAGUGGUUCCAGGUGUUUUGUAUGCUAUCCAAACCUUGAAGAAGAAAGGUUUAGAUAAUUUCGGGGGUCGUUUAAUUCAACCAAUUUACAAAGACACCUUAUGCUCCUCUACCGCAGGACCUCUUGCAGCUUUUGACUUUUACGUUUCUGGGGUGGCUGAUGCCUUUCUCGGUCCUCUCUGUACUUACGUUCUGGCUCCCGUGGCACGGUAUUCAGCUGCGUGGAACCUUCCUCUUCUGACGGUCGGAGGUCAAAACAACAAUUUUGAUGCCAAAAACCCCCAUUAUCGACUUACGACCCGCAUGAAUGGGUCAUUCUCCCAGAUAGGUGAGCUCUUUCUGAAGUUGUUGCGGAAGUUUCACUGGAAAACAGUAGCUCUAUUGUUUCAUGACUUCCGAGACCAGUCACUUGGCCACUCAAACUGUUUCUUCAUCUUAGGAGCUGUAUUCACAGCCCUAGGACGACAAUCCUUCCACGAAGCCUUUGAUGAAACAAAACCGGAAGAAAGAGAUUUUCACAAGCUUCUUCGGGAAAUAUCAACACAGGCUCGCAUAAUUCUGGUUUGCGGAUCGCCAGAUACCGUUCGAGAAAUCCUCUUAGCAGCCGAAGAUCUAAACAUGGUCCAGAAUGGAGAUUAUGUGUUUUUCAGCAUUGAGCUCUUCACAAG